AGGGACACCCUGCAGCCAAGUUCUUUCCCACUUGAGGACAUGGCCCCUCCUUCCAGCAGCCUCAGGGACUUCAUUCCUCACCUGCACCCAAGGCUACAUCCUCACGGUCUUUUCUGUGCCAGUUGCUGCCAGCGUUCUCACACAAAGUCUUCGAAGGUUCUCGCUUUCCCUUCUGCUCUCCACCUUGUCUUCCCCACACCAGAAUCGCCCUCCACGGUCUGUUCCCAGCUGCGACGGUUUCUCCAGCAUUCUCCUGGGAAGUGUCCCAGCCGUACCCACUCCUCUGUCCCGAAGCCUUCAUGUCUUCAGAGUGAAACAUCUUUCAACCUAAUAUCAGAGAAAUGUGACAUUCUAUCCAUUCUUCGGGAUCAUCCUGAAAACAGGAUUUACCAGAGGAAAAUCCAGGAACUCAGCAAAAGGUUUACCUCAAUCCGAAAGACCAAAGGAGAUGGGAACUGCUUCUACAGGGCCUUGGGCUAUUCCUACCUGGAAUCUUUGCUGGGCAAGAGCAGAGAGAUCCUCAAGUUUAAAGAGCGUGUGCUACAGACUCCAAAUGACCUCCUGGCUGCCGGCUUUGAGGAACACAAGUUCAGAAACCCCUUUAACGCCUUUUACAGUGUGGUCGAGCUGGUAGAGAAGGACAGCUCAGUGUCCAGCCUGCUGAAGGUGUUCAACGACCAGAGCUCCUCGGACCAGAUCGUGCAGUUCCUGCGCCUGCUCACAUCAGCCUUCAUCAGAAACCGAGCUGACUUCUUCCGGCAUUUCAUAGAUGAGGAGAUGGACAUCAAAGACUUCUGCACUCAUGAAGUGGAGCCCAUGGCCAUGGAGUGUGACCACGUCCAGAUCACAGCUCUGUCGCAGGCACUGAACAUCGCUCUGCAGGUGGAGUAUGUGGAUGAGAUGGACACCGCUCUGAACCACCACGUGUUCCCCGAGGCUGCCAUACCUUCCGUUUAUCUGCUCUAUAAAACAUCCCACUACAACAUCCUGUAUGCAGCUGAAAAACACUAAUUUUAGGCCAUGCCAGAGCCUGUCAUCUAAUGGACUGCAUUCUAAAUGGAACCUUCUGACUUGGCGAUUUUUUAAUUGAUUUAGACAACUAGAAAAUGUACAGCCUUUUGGGUAAAGCCACUGAACUGAGACUUGUGCCCACUAUGGACUGUCAUGACUUAAUAGGAAUUUUAGUAUUUAUUUUGAUAGAUGAUGUAAUGCCUGCUAACUCUGGACCAGAAAGCCAGGAACCCUGUCUAUGUAUCCGUUUACUGUAAGAACCUCGUUGGACCUGUUUAUUUAUUGGGAAGAGGUUCCUGGCAGUGUUGAUGUGAUGCUGUGUGAAAAUGGGGAUUAUGGUUAGUCCUCACUAGGGGCAGUGGCCCUCAUAGGGAAGAAAAGCUCAGGUCGGCUGCCACACUCAGGUGACUUACUGGACCUAUGAACCUGUGUUGGGUAGGUAAUGGUAGACAACUGUCUGAAUGUGUAGUUCAUUCAUGGUGGCUUGCUUUCCCAUGCAUGAGAGAGAGGAGAGAGAGAGACUUUUAUAUCAAAGUCCAGAAAAGGACUUUAGCUUUCAGCGUGAAGCUCAGGUUGUGAGGUCCUUCUACCUCAGGACCAGAACUCCUGACUUUGGGGGACAGGCCCUUCAGGGUUCUACCUUCAACGCCACCUGGAUAAGGCUUGACAAAGAUAAAGGCCUGUACCUGAGUCAGUGUGUUCAUGUCUGGGUCUGGGGAGCUGCAGCUGCCCAUCAUCCCCAGUAAAUUCUAGAAGCGCUUAGGUAAGUCAGAUGGGUAGGGUGUGGGCAUGCAAACAACUGGGUAGGGUGUGGGCAUGCAAACAACGGCAGCGCAAGGUUCCUCAGUUUCCCCGGCCUGGCUUUGAAGGCAGCGAGGCAGGAAACAACAGACAAGCCAUUGGUGGCAAGGGCGUUUCCGGUGCUGGUAGCAGCCUCUUCCUCUGCACGUGCCCCUUAAUAGUCCCCUUUACUCAUUUGCUGCCUCAAGACCUUCAGCAGUGCCCCUGAGGACACUGUGGGAAAGUAAGCCUCCAGCUGGGCUGAGGCACUAGCUAGCCAUGCCUUCUGUAGGACAGCCAUGGAACCCUUCCGUGGGUGCAAAGCCCCGCCCCACCCACCCAUGUUUCAUUCUACAGGGAUUAAGGCUGCUGGUGAGGGUCUGCAACGGUCUGCAACAGUCUGCACACAAGACCAGAAGGAUCCUGAGUCUUACACAAAUCUCGGAUCUAUCUUUUGCUUGGUGUUAAGUCAAAAGGACCCAGGUGUCUGGGCAGUGUGGGAACCAAGGCCACUUCUUUCUAGACAAAACACUGGAAGCACAGGCGCUGUAAGAGGUCAUCUUUGCAAAUGCUUGUGCGUCCCUCACUUUCCCAGAGGCAACAACUAGUAGAGGCGAUAACAGAGCAGUAUGCCUGCUCUGGCUGUCUUCCUGCAAUAGGAGAAACUGCUAGGCUCAGCUGCCCAAGUGCAAUUCUCAACUGUGCGACCUUGCCCAAGCCAUUUCACCGCUGAGCUCUGGAAGCAGAGAAGCAUGCCUCAGAAGUGAGUGGCUUCCCGAAGUAUGAGCCAUAGGGGAGCAGUGCAACAGGUCUAAGAGCCAAGUAUACAGCUAACCUGGGACAGCGGAGCCUGGGGUUCAGUGAGUGCCCAAGGUCAAGCCCUUCAGCUUCCUUUAGAUGAAAACUUCAUUCGUAGCAUUAAAACAAUUUCUAUCUUUCAGACUGGCUUCUUAAUGUUAGAUACUAGUUACGUAAUGAAUACCACCAUCUUCCCACAGGCCACUCGUG